AGUAUGUGCGCUUGCUCCAUGAGGAAGCGAUGGCGUAUUUAGCUUCGUGUGAAUGCGGAAUAAGAAGGAUAACUUGGCUGGCUGAUCACAAGACCCGUUCCCACGUCUGGCUACGUUUCUAUUCAGCAAGGAUUGUAUAGAUAAAGAGGUGGUGGAAUAAGCUGUCACUAUAUCACUGGCUAUUUGAUCGGAAUAUAAUAAAGAAAGAACAUUGGAUGCCGAGGUAGCGACAUAGCUAAUAUUAGCAGGUUUAGUCGCUGGUUAAAAAAAAGGCGUCUAAAGCGGAAGUGGUGGAAAAAGUGCCCCGGAUUGUAAAUUGCUGAUCAACAAGGGUUCGUGGGUUUUGCGGCGAUCGUGAGCGAUGGACGGUGACGAGGGCGGGGCCUCCAGACGGAUCCUUCUCGAGCCCUACAACUACGUGCUGCAGCUCCCAGGGAAGCAAAUUCGAACGAAGCUGUCUCAGGCGUUUAACCACUGGCUCAAUGUCCCGGAGGACAAACUGCAGGUGGUCAUCGAGGUGACGGAGAUGCUCCACAACGCCAGCCUCCUGAUCGACGACAUCGAGGACAGCUCCAAGCUCCGGCGCGGCUUCCCCGUGGCGCACAGCAUCUACGGCGUCCCGUCCGUCAUCAACUCCGCCAACUACGUCUACUUCCUGGGCCUGGAGAAGGUGCUGACGCUGGAGCACCCGGAGGCCGUGCGCGUCUUCACCCGGCAGCUCCUGGAGCUGCACCGCGGCCAGGGCCUGGACAUCCACUGGAGGGACACCUACACCUGCCCCAGCGAGGCGGAGUACCGCCACAUGGUGCUGCAGAAGACCGGCGGGCUGUUCGGCCUGGCCGUGGGCCUCAUGCAGCUCUUCUCCGACUGGACCCGUGACCUCAAGCCCCUGCUGGACACGCUGGGGCUCUUCUUCCAGAUCCGGGACGACUACGCCAACCUGCACUCCCGGGAAUACACCGAGAACAAGAGCUUCUGCGAGGACCUGACCGAGGGCAAGUUCUCCUUCCCCACCAUCCACGCCAUCCGCUCGAAGCCGGAGAGCACGCAGGUGCAGAACAUCCUCCGGCAGCGCACGGAGAACGUGGACGUCAAGCGCUACUGCCUGGACUACCUAGAGAAGGCCGGCAGCUUCGAGUACACCCGGCAGACCCUGCGGGACCUGGAGACCAAGGCCCACGCCCUGGUGCGGGACCUGGGGGGCAACCCCGGGCUGGAGGCCCUAAUCGAGCUGCUCAGCCACCUGUACAAAGACGAGUGAGAACCCCCCCCCCCCCCAAAUCGCCCCAGACUGCCCGUGCAGUCACUCCACAACCCCGAGCUCUUGACUCGCUGUUCGCUCUCGUUUUCGCCGAGUCGUCUUUCAUGAGAGUCCUGAAGACCACAAGGUCUGCUGGUUUCUGUUUCGCAAUCGAUCGGUUAACCCUUUCAGUCCUAUAAGCCCAAUACGGAGUGGCUCCCCCCAAAUCUCAAGGGGUUUUGAGAGAAUUCAGUCGGGUUUUAACAGGGGCUCAAAACGAUAGUAUAGCAAACUGAUUUUGAUUGGUUGAAAAGGGAGUGAAUGGGCUAAAGCGCUUAAGUGGUUAAUUCGCCUCACCUGGUUUCUUGGGUCCAAAGCAGUUGCUGAUUUUAGGGUAAAAACAAAAAGCAGCAGAACUUGUGGCCUUCUAGGAGGAGAGCUUGCCACCACUGUUUUGUCAAGUUUUUUGCAGCCAAAUUUAAAAAUUGAAAUAUACCUUCCUGCACAAAGAAGCCUUACUCUAUGCUUGUUUUUUCUGUCCCAAAAUAAAUGUUUUUUUACUAUUGUA